AUGACGGUGCGUCAGCUAAUCAAAUAUGCUGGUUACGAGCUACAACUUGAAGUCUCAGCCGGACAUAAUGGGCUAGAUCGUGCGCUCAAAACAGCGGAGUCGAACCGCCCAGGGCUUGCUCUGUGUGGACAUUACGACCACUUUGGACACGAACGGGUUCAGAUUUUGGGACAUGGCGAAAUUUCAUAUAUAGAAAGCCUUCCUCUUAUAGAGCAAGCUGCAAUAUUGCAGGAAUUUCUCUCAUACGAUCUCCCAUGCGUGAUCGUUACAAAUAACCUGACAACCCCUGCAGAACUUGUCACUAUUGGCAAUCAUGUAAAUAUACCAAUCUUGACCACCCGGCUAUCAUCUGCCAUCUUCACAACCCGGUUGCUGCUGUUCCUUGAAGAUGAAUUUGGUCCCUCAGAAUAUGUUCAUGGGAACUUGGUUGAUGUGUUCGGUGUUGGCGUUUUAAUCCUCGGCGAAAGUGGAAUUGGCAAAAGCGAAUGUGCCUUGGAACUCUUGCAGAGGGGACAUCGCCUCAUUGCAGACGAUACCGUUCUUUUGAAACGUGUAUCCGGCCACCGCGUUUUUGGGAUGCGCACCCAACCGGUGAAGCAUUAUAUGGAGGUCCGGGGGUUAGGGAUUGUCGAUGUAAUUGGCCUCUUUGGAGUCACUGCGGUCGGCGAUCGCACACAGGUUGAGUUGGUCGUAACACUUGAACAUUGGAACGAAAACAAAGUGUACAACCGAACGGGACUUGAUGAGGAGGUUUACAAUUUUCACAAUGAGCGGAUACCAUACCUUGUCAUUCCUGUGGCACCCGGACGAAAUAUCUCAAAUCUAAUCGAAGCUGCAGCAAUGAAUCUCUGGGGACAAAAGUUAGGAUUUCAUGCAGCAAAAGAACUCAAUGAAGCCCUCAUUGCGGAAAUGGCAGAGCAGAACGAUGAAGCCGUGCUCGACGAAUGGCAGCACGCAACGCUUCAUCGUGAAAUUUUAGAGCGAACAAAGUCAUUAGAGCGAACAAAGUCAAAGGUAAUUUAA